GUAGGGAGCCGAAUCAUCCUCCUUCUAUCAAAAAAUAUAUAUGAUUUCUAUAACGGCUAGAUGGAGGCGGCAGGGAGGUGCGGCGAAAGGGGAUCUGGGAGCUGCGGCAAGAAUGGAAGAUCUUCAUGAGAGGGCUUCGUUUGUGGGUUUCGUUUGGGUGCCUCGAUUGGGCACUGCGGCAUUGGUGGCUUUGUGACGGAUGGAUAGGACCUUUGCGGAGGCUCUUGCAAGAUCCCAAUCCACUAAGGGUGGGUAUGAUGGCCAGUCUUAUUAAAUGGCAACCUCCUCCUUUCGAAUGGAUUAAAGUCAAUUCUAAUGGCAGCUGGGAGUCCGCGGCGGCUGGGGCUAGCGGGGUUUUUCAUGAUUACCUUGGGAAAUGCCUCUGUUUCUUUACUUCUCUGAUUGUGGCGUCCUCCCCUUUGGAAGCUGAAUACUGGGGGUUCCUUUUGUCUAUUCAGGUGGCCAUUUCUUGUAAGUUUUUCAAUUUGUCACUCGAGACAGAUUCUUUUAUUAUUUACAAAGAUUUUGGUGUGGGAACUGUUUCCAAUUGGAAUGUGGAGGGGAAUUGA